UAUUUGUAAAGCUCAACACACCGCUUUCGCUUCUCUUUCUCUCAACACACACCGCUUCCACACACCGCUUCCGCUUUGAUUUCUCUCAACACACACCGCCUUUGCCAUAUUCGUCUCUCAUUUCGCAGAUUUCGUCGCAGAUUUCUUUGGAAAUAUCGAACACUACUUCUGAAAUCCAGUUUGGCUAGAGAUUCAGGAAAGAUUCUCGCCAAAGCUUCCCCGAAUAACUCCUUCACUAUCCGUCACGGCGAAGUGGUUCAGGCACCUUCAGAUCCCUUAGAUAUGCAUCUGAUGGAUCAAUAUGAAAUUGUUUGCCAAUGCAAGAAGGGGAGAAUGUUACGGAAGUGUUCAAAUUCGAAUAAAAAUAAAAAUAGAAUGUACUACUGCUGUACAAAAUCAAAGAAAUUGUCAAAUGGGAGAUGGGACUUCGGUUGCCAAUUCUUUUUGUGGGAGGACCAACUCAGGCGUUGUUUGUGUGGUGAAGGUAUGUGUGCCCUUGUACGAUACGAAGACAACGGCAUGGAAGUGUGCUCCCUGCAGGGUUGUUCACCAGCUGAAUCCGGAGAGGGCAGUGGUUCUUCAAAAUCUAAACAGUGCCAACUGUGCCAAGUUUUAUCAAUCAAAAUCAAGAUUUUGGAAGCCAAGCUGGAGGUUGCUCAAUCUCCGGAGAAGCACGCCAACACAUCAUCUGCCAUUUUAUACGAAGCUUUGGAAGAGGUGUCUGAUGCGGUGGCGGGACUAUCGCUGGAUCAUCAACCAAAUAUUUCUUAAUGUGAUUGUUGACAGUAUGGGUACUUGAAUUCAUUUAGGUGUUACUUGUUUUUCAUUCUUGUAAUUGUGAGACUUGUUAAUUGUGUCA